AUGCUAACCUCCCUUUCUGUUUUUUUUUUCUUCCCUCCUCCUCCUCCGCCUGUACCGCUCUCCCACCUGCCCUCCUCCUCCAACACAGGAGCUGCACAGGACAUAGUUGUGAGUCAGAACCUGGUGACAGACAACGUGUCCGUGGUGGAGGGAGAGAUGGCCAUCAUCAGCUGUCGGGUCAAGAACAACGACGACUCCGUCAUCCAGCUGCUCAACCCCUACAGACAGACAAUCUUCUUCAGAGACAUGAGGCCACUGAAAGACGCCCGCUUUCAGCUGGUCAACUUCUCCGACAACGAGCUGCGGGUGUCGCUGUCCAACGUGUCGCUGUCAGACGAGGGUCGAUAUGUUUGCCAGCUCUACACGGACCCCCCGCAGGAAGCCUACGCCGACAUCACUGUGCUAAUUCCUCCAGGUAACCCCAUCAUCGAGGCCCGCGAUGAGGUCCUGAGCGAGGGCAACGAGACAGAGAUGACCUGCACCGCCAUGAGCAGUAAGCCGGCCGCCACCAUCAGAUGGAUGAAGGGAGAUAAAGAGCUCCCAGGUAAACCCAAAGUUGAGCUGACCUACGACAAGAUGUACACGGUCACCAGCCGGCUGACGUUCACCGUCAGCAGGGACGACGACGGCAUACCGGUGGUCUGCAUCGUCGACCACCCCGCAGUCAAGGACUUCCAAGCACAGAAGUACCUGGAGGUUCAGUACAAACCGGAGGUGAAGAUCGUGGUAGAAUUUCCUCAGGGUUUGACCAGGGAAGGAGAGAACCUGGAGCUGACGUGUCAAGCCAAAGGCAAACCCCAGCCUCAGCGGGUGAACUGGCUGAAGGUGGAUGACGACGUUCCAUCUCACGCCGUCAUCACCGGCGGUGACCUUUACAUCGAAAACCUAAACAAGUCCUACAACGGAACCUACCGUUGUGUGGCGUCCAACUCAGUGGGGGAGUCUUACGACGACUACAUCCUCUACGUCUAUGAUGCUCCCACCACUACCCCUAUACCCACCACAGCCACCACCACCACCACAAUCAUCACCACCACCAUCUCCUCCCCCGAAGACGAUCAAGAUUCUCGAGCUGGAGAAGGAGCGCCCAGAACGGUGGACCACGCCGUGAUCGGAGGGGUGGUGGCCGUGGUGGUGUUCGCCAUGCUCUGUCUACUCAUCGUCUUGGGACGCUACUUUGCGAGACACAAAGGUACCUACUUCACACAUGAAGCCAAAGGAGCAGACGAUGCGGCGGACGCAGACACAGCCAUCAUCAACGCAGAGGGCGGCCACACCAACUCGGACGAAAAGAAGGAGUACUACAUCUAAUCGAAGCAGGACCCCUCACUCUGGCGUCCUCCUGCGGACGCUGGGCUGUUUCUGGGGGGACGGGGGGGCGGGGGCAGGGGUUGUUUCAGCUUGACUUUUAGACUUGAGAGUAGAGGGGUCGAGGGGUAGAGGAGAGACGUGGGUUUCAAAGGAAGGCCUGGUUUUAAGCCGUUGUUUAGUCUAGUCUGCAGAUGUAGAUGGAAUGUUUUGUGUGUUUAAAAAAAAAAAAAUGAAAAAAAUCAAAAUCAAAAAAGGACAAAAAACGUUAGGGGGUCCGGGGGUUUUUCGGUAAAAGGGGGUCGGGUUGGGGGGGGUGGGGAGGGUGCGCCAGAAGUUGCCAGAAAUCACUGUAGAGAGCUUCACCAUUCGACACCUCCCUGACUGCUGGUACGAAUUUUAUUUAGUUCAACCAUUUGCAGAAAAUUCUGUGCCUUGUUCUAAAUUUUUCGGUUCUGUCCAUACUUUGCGUUUGUGUUGAUCAUCAUUUGCAUAACCUCGUUGCUCCCUCCCCCCCCCCACUCGUAAUUAUCAAUGUGCUGUUGGCUUUUGUAUGAGGGUAAAAUUACAGCCACUUUAUUCAUUUUCUCUAAACGUGUCGGCACACAUGCAUCCCCUCCCGCAUAACAACUCUUUCCAGUUAUACUGUGAUUCGUCUCAAGCCAUUACUUCCUUCUCUCUUUUUUCCCCCUCAAGUUCUGACAGCUCCAAAAAUGCAUGGAACGCUUUACAUAUCAUUGUACAAUGGACAUAAACGAGAGGCAGGUUUGUUGUACUGGACCCGUACUACAUAGUCACAGAGAAAGCAGCAAAGGAUAACAUGAAGUGAUCUUUACAUUUUAUCAGGCAGAUUCUGUUUUAAAUUCGUUUUAGUCGCCUCGGUUCAGAGCAGCUCUACCACUGUUACCUUUCUUAGUAAAGAGAAGGAGUGCAUUAUGUUCCUCAGCAUGCUGCCGUUUCAUUAUUUUGAUUUCUUCCUCUGUUCGCUUUUAUUUUUCUUCUAUUAGGCUGAGUGGAAAGCCUGUUUUUCCCACCGGCUUUUAUUGAGUUGUAAUGAUGAGUUUCAAUUGAUUUCCAUCUGCUUUCACCCCAGAAUAUAUUUCUAUUUUUUUUUCUUCUCACAAAUGGGAAAGUAAGAAAAUGUAAAUUGUCUUUAAACUGUUUUUUUGGCACAUCCUCGGUAGUAAAAAGGCUGGGGGAGGGGGUAGAGGAAAAAAACAAAACAGACAUUUGGUGUUAAUACUGGCCGAUCAGCAGCCAAAGGAUGCUGGUGUCGUGUACAUAACUUUACCAAGUGGAGAAAAACAGCCUUAACCAAACUCCAAACGUUCAAAAUUUAAGUUAGGAACACAUGAACAUGAAACGCGAUCAUGGCAGCGCAGGUCCACGUUAUCUCACACGAUCCAGUGUAAAUCAAGCCAAUGGAAUCACAGCUGUAUUGUACACUAAUCCUUACUAAGAAAUAUUUUUUACAACUUACUAGAAUUACAAUGGAGUACCUUUGUGGAUUUUAUUGUGUCACACACUCAUCGUGAGUUUCGUCAAACUGUAAAUCAAAGGAAACGUCGAGGGGGGGGAAAGUCAACGUCUUCUAACUGAAAUGCUCCGAGAGACAGGCCGGUCGCUCCAUCGCUCCAUCUCAAUGUUUAUGGUUUUUGCUCGGAUGCAGCAGCUUUUGAGCGCCUAAAACGUUCGAUAUCAUUUGCAUGUGCGUGCGUGCUGAAACCCAUUCUUUCUCGCUUCUCUAUCUCGCUUUGUGCAUCACCUGCCAAAACCGAACUCGAGUCUGUUUUGCUGUGCCAGCUGGGGAGCGCUGAGGAUGCCAAAAGUAAUUAAUUGUCUGUAUCAUAACUUAAUACACAUGUUGUGCUCCGUGGUGUUUGUCCAUGGUCCGCACUGAUGCCCUGGCUUCUUAACAUGGCAGUGUGGGUCUACUGGUGGCACUGUUUGUCAUUAUUAUGUGUUCACACAGCAAGCGGCUCGCCUAAUGAGUCCGUUCUCUAUGUGGCGGCUGUGGGCGGAUUUUUACACCUCCAAAGUCUGAAACGCUGAAUAUUUCACCGCCUUGCCAUUAUAUUACAUCCGAGUCGACGCAAAUGCUAAACGUAUUGCCGACCCCGCCGCUCAUCGUGGUGUCGCUGUGGAAGGCCCGAGGUUUUUAAAAUGAGCAGGAAGUCGAAGCUCCCGAAUCAAACUGGAACAUAUCAUCUGAGCAACAAAGUGGCGACUGUUCAGUUUAAAAGGUUUUACAUCAUCUGCUCACGGUGGCCAGAAUGUCAUCCAGAAAAAGAGUUUUAUAAUGUUUUGGAGGAUUAAUGAUUUCAUAUCAGCGUUGACGAGUGGACAAGGUGUCGGAGAACGACGCGACACAAAAAGCGUAAUUUAAUGGGAAAUUUCUGACAACUUGACGACACAUUCGAUUAAAGAAACACAAACAAUAUGAAAGUGCUGCACGUCGAGGGCUGCUGCUGCCUGAAGCGGAGGUUUUCAGUCGAGCUGGAUUCGGAUUCAGAACUCACCAUCUCCACGGUUCUCGUAAGCGGCUGUGCAACGCGCCACAUUGAGUUUCCAGAAACAGGUUUGUUCCCUUAUUUACGUAAAGCUGAAGAUUCUUCAUGCGUCCGGCGUGACUCGCCAAUCCUGAACACUCCUGAGAAACUUUUAAACUAACUAUAAAAUGCAGACAGAUGCACCUCGGCUGUUUUCAGAAGCAAAUUUUCGUAACUAAUUAGAUGUUAAACCAGAUCCCAUGUUGGUCCAGAUUGAAAUCCAGGAGCAGACAACUUGGAAGCGUUUAUCCAAUCAGGUGCUGCCAGUGGUUGCACGGUUUCCUGUUUCAUGGAGGGAACCGUCCUGCCAUCACCUGGACGCAUUGAAGCGUCCACUUCUGGGAAUGAUGCACGUCAACGGGGACGUUUUUGGACGCAAAUAGUCGCGCUGCUUCCCAGCAUUCGAGGCUUGAUCCGCAUGGGACUACAUCAUGUCAGGACAGAUAUUCUCCUUCCCCGCUAUAACAAUGACAAUUUCACUAUUGGACUAAUCAUUUAAAAAAUGUAUUUCUCAAUCUACAUGAUCAAUAUUAGUCAAAUCCACUGAUUAAACUCGCACUGACAAAGGCCGAACACUGCUUCUACAAUCAGCCCGUUUCUUUGGGACUUAAUGGCGUCGCUUGCUGUGUGCACGCUCACUGCUGUGAUUCACUCCUGUAUCGCCAUGUUAAAGCAUUUGAUUAGAUUUUGUCGAGCUGCAACUCAGAUUGCAAAAACAUUACCGAUGUGAUAGCUUUAAUAUAUCAUGGUCAUGCAUGAAGACAGCAUUCAGUCUUUCCAUAUUGAGAGUUUGGGGUUUGAGGUCGUCGUAAGGCGUUAGCCAAGGUUCUUGUAAAAUGCAUUGUGCAAAUUUCCCUUUCUUUAGCAUUAUGCAUCCGUGCUUUUCAAAGCGUGUUUGAAUUUUUGUUAUUUUGAUUUUCCAACUUUAGAACACAGCAUGUGGGCUGGGCGGAGCUGUGCGUAUAUUUUUUUUUUUAGCUUUUUCAUUGGGUGUGGCAGUUGUAGGCGGGAGUUACAGGAGGGAUGUCGCAGACCAAGAUCAAAGACGCCGUGUCCACCUCUCUCCAUCUGUAUCUUCUGUCGAAAGCUGAAAAAGUUCACAAAGGAAUCACCACUGAGUUACCACUGUAUGCUGACGACACUGUUUUGUGUGUGUUGAAUGGAUGGGUGGGGGUGGGGGCGGGGUACCGAUUAGGUUAGAUGUUUCACGGUCUGGUGUCUGAUAAAAACAAACUAUUAACCGACUUGUUAUCGUUGCUUUAUGAAUCACAGAGCAGAUGUCACUUCAUCUGUAAGACUGAGAUUGUGUGAUUUGUAUUUUACAGUGAGCACUAUUUCGCUUCAGUGACAUGUGGCAGCUUCCAUUUAAAUCAGACUUCAAAACAUGUACUUGCCAAUAAAGGAAUAGAACUGAAUAUUGUCUUCUCCCUUAAGGCUGACGCAUUAAUAUUUUAUUCGUGAAUAUGAAACCUUUUUGUGGGCAGGAAACGCCCAGAGUGUUUUAUUUACUGUAGGAGUUUUUUGGUCCCCCACAGUUCCAAUAGGAAAAGCAACAAGAACAAAACAACAUAAAAAAUACAUUUGAGUGAGUUUUUCCAAAUUUGAAGUAGGUUACUGUGUGUGUCUUUCCAUUUUAAAUUCAACGCCCAGUGACGUUUUAAAACACGGACCAUGGUUUCACAGUGUAACCGAGCUAGUUUUCUCCACAUUCAAUUCUUUUGAUAAUGUCCUGUCUCAGGUUCAUGCGUUGCUGAACGAUGUGACUGCAUCUCAGGUAGAAUGCAAAGUUUAGGCCCCACCUACCAACCACAUAAAAGCAAGUACAAUGCAUUCAUUGAAAUCAAGUGCGACACAUUAUUUUAGGUCCAAGAGGCAAAAUUGGUGAGAUAUUUUGAAUAUAUGUUGUACAUGUUUUAUGUAUUUUUCUUAAUAUUUGGUGCACUGUAACAGAUGUGUUAAGUAUUGCUUUGUGUUGACAUAGGUCAUAAAGAGUACAAUGUUUAUUGGAAUGAAGCAGGAUCAGAAACUUGUCGUGGCUGUACUACUGUCACUUUCAAUGCACCACCGCCUUUUGAAACUCGUUUGACUCCCAAAAAGUUUUGAUUGUUUCACCAGUCAUUGUUUUCAGAUUGAUUCUGUUUGUCUCUCUGCUGUACUUGGGAAAUGUUAAUGUGUAUUAAUGGAGAAAAGGAGUUCCACAUUCCCAUACACAUUUUGUAUUGGUUCAUAAAUAGACAUUUUUACAAAACAAUGAAGAGUUCUUGUCUUAAUAAAAGAGAAAAGAUAUUAAUGUCCAAAAUAA